ACAAAAAUCCCUUUAAUAUUGUUGGAUGGAAGGGAGUAAAAUCAGAUUAAAGCUCCUGAUUCACAAAACUCUUCAAUUAAAAGUAAACUGGUUUGAAUAUUUUAGCUCAUCGUUAGACGGCCAAUCCUGGCUCACGGUGGUCGUAAACACACCCUGAUGGAACGCUAAACACCAUUAGAUACAUAAAUAUAAAUAUUUCUUUGUUAAAAUAAAUAAAUAUUUUACUGUUUUUACUCUGCUGAAGUUGUUUACUACUGGUCUUACAUCCUGCAGUGCUGCUUGUAACAACCCUAGAAUGCGUCUUUCGUCAUGACUACUGGGUCCUUCUUGUGGGGGAUUUUUUUUCUUGGAUGACAAAUCCACACCACACUUCCUCUUUUGUCCAUAAAAGGAGUCUUUGUGUGAGUCAGCUGUUCAGAAGAACACAUCGUUGCUCAAUACGGCCAUUUGUUGGUCUAUAUAACACCUGCCUCCAGGUGGAAGACACAAGUUCCACUUCUCAAGGAAACAUGAAGACCUUCUCUCUGAGCGUGCUCCUGGGCCUGGCAGCUGCGGUUUGCUGCAUGCCACUCUCACAGGACAACAUGGAAGAAGAGCAGUUUGCAGAGAGCUAUCUGAAGAAGUUUUACAACCUGACAGAAGAAACCGGCCCAUUGCUCAGAGGGGGAGUCAGCCCCAAGACCAAGAAGCUGAUGGAGAUGCAGAAGUUCUUUCAACUCCAGAUAACUGGCACCCUGGAUGCUGACACCCUGGACCUGAUGAAGAGGCCUCGCUGUGGAGUUCCAGAUGUGGACAUCGCUCAGUUUUCCACUUUUGGAAACAACCUCAAAUGGCAGACCAACACUCUAACCUACAGGAUAGAGAACUACACACCGGACAUGUCUCAGGCAGAAGUGGACUAUUCCAUCGAGAAAGCUCUGCAGGUCUGGGCCAAAGUCACUCCUCUGAAAUUCACAAGGAUCUACAGUGGAAUUGCUGACAUCAUGAUCUCCUUUGGUAGUAGAGAUCAUGGAGAUUUUUACCCCUUUGAUGGUCCUGAUGGGACUCUCGCUCAUGCCUUUGCUCCUUCCUCUGGCAUUGGAGGAGAUGCUCAUUUUGAUGAAGAUGAGAAGUUCACGUUCCGCUCAAACACAGGCUACGUCCUCUUCAUGGUUGCUGCUCAUGAGUUUGGCCACUCUCUGGGUUUGUCCCACUCUGAUGAUCCUGGUGCACUCAUGUACCCCCACUACUCCUACGGAAACCCUGACACCUUCAUUCUGCCCAGGGAUGAUGUCAAAGGCAUUCAGUCCCUCUAUGGUGGAAACGAGGAGCCUAUCGCACCCGGGCCUACCGCCCCCACCACCCCUGAUGCUUGUGAUUCCACCAUGGUCUUGGAUGCUGUCGCCACGCUGAGAGGAGAGAUGCUCUUCUUCAAAGACCGUUUCCUCUGGCGUCACUCCCAGCAGAGUUCCACUCCUCAGCAGACUCUCAUCGCCAACAUCUGGUCCAGUGCUCCUGACAACAUCGAUGCUGCGUUUGAGAGUCUAGAAUCAGACCAAGUCUUCCUCUUUAAAGGCAGUAGAGUUUGGGCUUUCAGUGGCUAUGAUCUACAGCCUAAUUAUCCCAAAACCAUUACCAGUUUUGGUUUACCCAGAACUGUGAAGAAAGUAGAUGCUGCCCUUUAUGAGCCACAAUCUAGGAAGAUAUUCUUCUUUGUUGGAAAGAACUACUACAGCUAUGAUGAUGUGAGGAAGACGAUGGACAAGGGGUUCCCCAAACGAGUGGAUGAGACCUUCUCUGGCAUGACCUCCCAGGUGACGGCAGCACUACAGCACAGAGGCUUUACUUACCUUUACAGCGGACCCUACAUGCACGAGUACAGCCUAAGGUCAGGGAGGUUGUACCGUGUCCUGAGGAACAACUACUUCCUGCCCUGCAGUAACCUCUGAUCUGUCUAAAGGAACAUUCAAACACAACCGUGAUGCAGAAAUGUUCUUGUCUUUAGAAACUAAAUGUUUAUGAGAAUAUUUUUAUUCAGCCUUCAUUUAUUCUAACUUUAAGUUAAUAUUGUCAACCCAAAAAGUUUUUAUUGUCUUUUAUUGAUCAUAUUUGUUUGAUGAAAGUAAAUGAAAUGUUCAUUGUUGUAACUAACUUUUUGCAAGAAGUUCAUGUAUUUAAUUUAAAAUAAAGUUACAUAAGUUAUUUGG